AACGAUACCUUCAUGUUGAACAUCUAAAUUCUAUCUUCUUUCGAAUCCGACCCAUCGCUUACACCGAUACCAUGGCAUCUACUCUCUCAGAACGACAGAGAGACGACUUACAUAAAUCAAUCUUGGACUACCUCAACAGCGCCGGGUUUUCCAAGACUGUUGACCAGUUUAAGCAGGAGCUUCCCUCCGACUUUCGAUCUGAUUUGAGUCAGAAUAGCAGCGGUCUUCUCGUUAAGAAAUGGACCAGUGUCAUCCGGAUGCAAAAGAAGAUUAUGGACCUUGAAUCCCGUCUAGCGCAGGCACUAGAGGACAGCGCGCAUAUGGUGCACCUUCCCAACGGCUCAGCUCGACGUUACGACGCAGACUGGAUACCAAGUUCUGGCUCUGCCAAACACACCCUUACAGGCCACCGCGACAGCGUCAAUGCAGUGGCAUUCCAUCCUCUCUAUUCCGUCAUUGCUACCGCCAGCGAUGACUGCUCCAUCAAGAUUUGGGACUGGGAGACGGGGGAGCUCGAACGAACACUGAAGGCUCAUACGAAGCGAGUCUCGGACUGUCAGUUUAAUUCGACAGGGACGAUGCUCGUGACGUGCUCGUAUGACCUUUUCAUUAAGCUAUGGAAUAUCGACAAUGAUUAUCAAAAUUCCGCAACGUUGCGAGGACACGAACACUCCAUAUCCUCGGCGCGCUUUUUACCUGGAGACGAUCGUGUCGUGAGCUCUAGUCGCGACCAUACCCUCAGAAUAUGGGAGGUCUCUACUACGCAUUGCAUUAAAGUUAUUUCACCCCAUGACGACUGGAUCAGAUGUGCUGUUCCCAGCACCGACGGCCGAUAUAUCAUAACGUGCUCUGCUGACCAUACAGCGAAAAUCGUAGAUACAACCUCUGGUGACGUCAAGACAGAAUUUCGGGGCCACGAAAACGUCGUCGAGGCUGCCCAGUUCUGUCCGCCUCAUGCAGUCGCUGCCAUUCGCGAACUAGUUGCCCUUAAGGCUCCGCAAGGCGCACAAGCAACGGCUCAAGCCUCCAUCGUUUUUGCAGUCACAGCAGCGCGAGACAAGACCGUCAAGAUAUGGGAUGCAAUCCGGGGCCAAUGCUUGCAUACCUUAAUCGGACACGAUGACUGGGUUCGCUCUAUAGUUUUCCAUCCAAACGGGCAAUAUCUCCUCACGGCAUCGGAUGAUCAUUCAUUCCUAGAAGCUCACGAGCGAUUUGUGACCGCAAUGUCCUGGGGACGUCAGGUUGUUUCUACGCAGACAUCGGAUCAAGCAGACCCGAAUGCGCCACCUGCGUUGGUGAACGUUAUUGCGACAUGUAGCAGCGAUCAGACAGUGAAAAUAUGGGUUCCACAACGCUGAUAGCUGUUGCGUGUUUUAUUGCAUAUUGUGGUUGUUCCUAUUGGUUGUUGACUUUUACAUGAUUUUGUAUUCUUAAUUUUUAUGCAAAUGGAUUUUCAACGCUU